CCAGUGGCGCCCGCCCUCCCUCUGAUCAUGUUGACAUAUUCACAGGACAGGCAGUAGUACCGAUGCGGCGCAGCGACGUUACAGUUUCCGACACCUUCUUUUUAUAACUCGGCUCUAUCCCUCCCAGCACUCGACCUGUGAAAACCACGCCUAUGCAGCAACACAAUUGGUCCGAAAGCGUCAAAGAGCCAAUCAAGAGGCCCCCGGCUCCCCGCGGCCCAGAGCAGAGCCCGACCUUCUAGAGCCGCCGAGCAGACGCCCGGGGAAUUCUAGAGGCGGUGGAGGGUGGCGAGGAGCUCUCGCCGGCUGGCUCGCUCCCUCCCUCUCCUCGCGCUCCCUCUCCCACUCCGUCCCUCUCUUUCUCUCUUUCUCUCUCCCUCCUUUUUCCUCGCCCCCCCCCCUCCCUCCAGACUCCCUACCCUGUGCGUCUGGACGCAGAUUUAGGAAGCGAAUUCGCUCACGUUUUAGGACACGGAAGACGGCAGGCGCGGGAGCAGAGCACGGCCAGAUUCGGAUUGAAACCCGGACACCCUCCGGAGGCUCGGCUCGGAGCGGAGGAAGGAGGAGGAGGAGGAGGCGGACGGAAGCCAGUGUGCAGUUCAAGUUUUGAUAGCGCUGCUAGGAGAGGGCUUAAAUCAGAGAUUUUUUUCUUUCUUUUUUUUUUUUUUUUUAAGGAGAGAGACUUUUUCCGCUGUCUCGCCGGCGGUGCAAGCCGGGUCGAGCGCAACUGCAGGCGCCUCCUGCGAGGAAGGGAGAGGAACAGAGAUAGGAGGGCGGGGGACGAAGGAGGAGAAGAAAAGGGAAAAAGUCUCCUAGGAGCACCGUUCGCGUUUGCAACAAAGAACUGGGGGCUGGGGCGCGCGGUCCCUGGGACCCAGGGCUGCGUGUCCGUUUGGAGCUGAGCAGCGGGGCUCGGGCGCGAGGCGUCAGCCUGCUCGCUCCUCUCGCCUCCGAAACCGACUUGCAGGGGCGGCUUUCUAAACACGCCUGACGCCAGGACAGUCACCCCGCGACCAUGUCUCCCGAUCGCUCGCCUUGCCCCCUUUAAAAGCGGCGUUCUCCUCCCCCAAAGACACUUGAGACACUGAACACCCUCCCUUCGAGGUGCUUUGGUUGCGAUUUUUUUUUCUUUUCGCCUAUUUUUUAAAAACUAUGCGCUGCUGUUAAUCAAAACAAAACAGCAGCUGCGGACUCGUGCCCGCGGAAGCCCAGCGCCCCGCCCGGAGUGGAGGAAUCUCUCCAUGAGAGAUCCGGUCAUUCCUGGGACAAGCAUGGCCUACCAUCCGUUCCUACCUCACCGGGCGCCGGACUUCGCCAUGAGCGCGGUGCUGGGGCACCAGCCGCCCUUCUUCCCCGCGCUGACUCUGCCUCCCAACGGCGCCGCGGCGCUCUCGCUGCCCGGCGCUCUGGCCAAGCCGAUCAUGGAUCAGUUGGUGGGGGCGGCCGAGACCGGCAUCCCUUUCUCGUCCCUGGGGCCCCAGGCGCAUCUGAGGCCUCUGAAGACCAUGGAGCCCGAAGAAGAGGUGGAGGAUGACCCCAAGGUGCACCUCGAGGCGAAGGAACUUUGGGAUCAGUUCCACAAGCGGGGCACGGAGAUGGUCAUCACCAAGUCGGGAAGGCGAAUGUUUCCGCCAUUUAAAGUAAGAUGUUCUGGGCUGGAUAAAAAAGCCAAGUAUAUUUUGUUGAUGGACAUUAUAGCUGCCGAUGACUGUCGGUAUAAAUUUCACAAUUCCCGGUGGAUGGUGGCGGGUAAGGCUGACCCUGAAAUGCCAAAGAGAAUGUAUAUUCACCCGGACAGCCCGGCUACCGGGGAACAGUGGAUGUCCAAAGUUGUCACUUUCCACAAACUGAAACUCACCAACAACAUUUCGGACAAGCAUGGAUUUACUUUGGCCUUCCCAAGCGAUCACGCAGCGUGGCAGGGGAAUUAUAGUUUUGGUACUCAGACUAUACUCAACUCCAUGCACAAAUACCAGCCCCGAUUUCAUAUCGUGAGAGCCAAUGACAUCCUGAAACUUCCGUAUAGUACAUUUCGGACGUACUUGUUCCCCGAAACCGAGUUCAUCGCUGUGACAGCAUACCAGAAUGACAAGAUAACCCAGUUAAAAAUAGACAACAACCCCUUUGCGAAAGGAUUCCGGGACACUGGAAAUGGCAGGAGAGAGAAAAGGAAACAGCUCACCCUCCAGUCCAUGAGGGUGUAUGAGGACCGACACAAAAAGGACACGGGCACCUCGGACGAGUCCUCCAGCGAGCAGGCAGCCUUCAGCUGCUUUGCUCAGUCCUCCUCCCCGGCUGUCUCCACUGUUGGCACCUCCAACCUCAAAGAUCUGUGUCCCAGCGAGGGUGAGAGCGACGCUGAGGCCGAGAGCAAAGAGGAACACGGCCCGGAGGCCUGCGACGCGGCCAAGAUCUCCACCACCACGUCGGAGGAGCCGAGCCGCGACAAGGGCAGCCCCGCGGCCAAGGCGCACCUCUUCGCGGCUGAGCCCGGCGGCCGGCCCCGGGACAGCGGGCGGCUGGACAAGGCGUCGCCCGACUCGCGCCACAGCCCGGCCACCAUCUCGUCCAGCACCCGCGGCCUGGGCGCGGAGGAGCGCCGGAGCCCGGGCCGGGAGGGCGCCGCCACGUCCAAGGCCGAGGAGGCGCGCGCGCUGCCGGCCAAGGAGGCCUUCGCGCCGCUCACGGUGCAGACGGACGCGGCCACCGCGCACCUGGGCCAGGGCCCCCUGCCCGGCCUCGGCUUCGCCCCCGGCCUGGCGGGCCAGCAGUUCUUCAACGGGCACCCGCUCUUCCUGCACCCCAGCCAGUUCGCCAUGGGGGGCGCCUUCUCCAGCAUGGCCGCGGGCAUGGGACCCCUGCUGGCCACCGUGUCCGGGGCCUCCACCGGCGUGUCGGGCCUGGAUUCCACGGCCAUGGCCUCCGCCGCGGCGCAGGGACUGUCGGGGGCGUCUGCGGCCACCCUGCCCUUCCACCUCCAGCAGCACGUCCUGGCCUCUCAGGGCCUGGCCAUGUCGCCUUUCGGAAGCCUGUUCCCCUACCCCUACACGUACAUGGCCGCCGCGGCCGCCGCCUCCUCCGCCGCGGCCUCCAGCUCCGUGCACCGCCACCCCUUCCUCAACCUGAACACCAUGCGCCCGCGCCUGCGCUACAGCCCCUACUCCAUCCCCGUGCCGGUGCCCGACGGCAGCAGCCUGCUCACCACUGCCCUGCCGUCCAUGGCCGCGGCCGCGGGGCCCCUGGACGCCAAAGCCGCCGCGCUGGCCGCCAGCCCGGCCUCGGUGGCCGUGGACUCGGGCUCGGAACUCAACAGCCGCUCCUCCACCCUCUCCUCCAGCUCCGUGUCCUUGUCGCCCAAACUCUGCCCCGAGAAAGAGGCGGCCACCAGCGAACUGCAGAGCAUCCAGCGGCUGGUCAGCGGCCUGGAGGCCAAGCCCGACAGGUCCCGCAGCGCGUCCCCGUAGGCCCCUCCCCAGCAAAGACUCUUCAUUCCAGUCCCGUCCCGUCCCGUCUGCAGUGCACUUUGUGGGAUGUAAACUGAACCCCGGCGCGGGCGCGCGCGCGGGCGGUGGGGUUGGCCCCGGCUUUGUGCGGUCCUGCCUGGGAAGGGGUGCCUGGCUCCCGGAGAGAAUGUGCUAGAAACAAGCCCUGUCUCCUUGGCGUGGUUUAUAUAUCCGGGACCUGGUGCAGGUCCUGGGGGCUGAGAACCGUCUGUUGCACGGAGCCGGUGGGGGUGGGAGUUAAAACUGGUUUGUCCAGAGCACCUCCCGGAGGCUGGUCUGGGUGGGGGCCUGGGCCCGAAAGGUAGCCAGGCCCGAGGGGUGGGGGGCGGGGAGGGUGUUGAAAAGUUUCUCUCCCAGUGCAGAUUUUAUAUAUUUUUUUCCUUCACCGUGUCCAGUGGAAACAAAAACAAGUAAAAUUAAAAAAAAAUAUAUAUAUAUAUAUAUAUAUAUAUACCGGGGGCAAAUGAGUACAUUAACAUGAUUUCUGUUUGUGAAAGAUGAAAACUUUUUAGUGACUUGCCUAUCCGUUCUCAAUAAAUGGCUAAGCAGCAUUGUUUCGGGGUGGGGGUGGGGAGCCCCAGCCCACCAUGUUUAGUCUCUUAAGAUAAUCUGUGUCUUUUUUCAUAUUGUGAUGUUUUAAGAGCCACUGUAGGCCUCUUCUUGCAUGUCCCACAGCCAUAUACUUGUGGUUUUUCCUUUUGAAUGCUUGCUUUUAGAGGGGAAAGAACAUGGUCCCACACCCCCUCCCCAGCUCUCGUUGGCGGCCGAUUGAAAGGGAAGGGGGUGGGAAGACACACGAAAACAUGAGUUUAUUUUCUCUGAGCUCCAUAGCAGGAUUCCUGCCUGCCUGUCUCUCUCUCUCUCUCUGGCGGUUCUUUCUCUUUCCUGUAUAUGCAAUAACAAGGUUUAAAAAAAAAAAUAAUAAAGAAGAAGCGAGACUAUUAGCAAAGUAUUUAUGUAAUUAUUUGAUAACUCUUGUAAAUAGAUGGAAUAUGAAUGCUCGGAAAAUUAAACUUUAAUUUAUUGACAUUGUACAUAGCUCUGUAAAUAGGAUCCGCAGCUGUCCAGGUUUGUGUGGAUUCCCUGCAGGCGGUUUUAUUUCAAGGUCACAGGAUCGCUUUUGGAACUAGGAAACACUUUCUGCACCAACACCAACCACUUUCUAAAUGGUUGUGCGCAAAAAAAAAAAAAAAAAAAAAAAUCUUAAUGUCCAAGAGUGAGAGAAAGUGUUAUUGCCUGUUUUACCCAGAAUUGGGGAGGUGGUGGUGCCACUUCCCAGUUCCACCUUAAAUUCCUUAAAAUGUAACACCCCACCUUGUGGUUCUGAGGUUGCUUGGGGGGGGAGGGGGGCCUCGGGGUGGGGGUUGCCGAGGCUGCGGCUUGACUUCCUAAUUUUUCUCUUGUAUUUGUAUCUGCUAGUCUCUGAUAUUGUCCAAACGCAGUGGAAUUGACUACUGUCUUCACUAUUGUUUUGCAUUGGUGCCUUUAGAGAGAUCUAUUCACAGUUCAAAAGUCAGGUGCUGAGAUGGUUUAAAAGACAAAAGCUCAUGAAGGUAUAUUUUGUGUUAUAAUCGAUGAGUUCUUUGGUUUUCUGUAUCAUCCCUCCCCCUCGAAAACGUCAUUGAAAUUUCAAUAAAUUUUUAUUGAAAUGUC